GCUGGAGUGUGCCUGGAUGCCAUCCCUGCUCCCUCCAGAGCUCUUCAGCACUCUUUCCAUCGUAUCCUGGCACUCCACACUCUGAUUUGGAGAUUCCUUUCAUUGGAAAAUCCAUCCAAAGUGCCAUUUGGCAGCAGGUGUGGGGUUUGUUUUUGUGCCGAGAGACUGUGUGGGGAGUUCCUUUGCUGGGCUUGGCCCAGCAGCUCUGGGACUCCCUUGGCUCUGCACUGCCAGAGGUGUUGGCAUGGGAUUUUGGGCACUGCCUCUGCUGCUGGGAGAAAUGUUUCUAUCCCACCACCAGUUUCCACCCUUCCAGUUUCCCCCUCGCUUGUUUCUAGAUCCUAUUGCUGGAAUUUCUCUCCCUCAGGAGCUUGUCUUGUCCCAUUAUUGGGAUCCCUCUCCCUUGGGAGCUUGCCUUGGAGUCGGAUUCCUUUCCCCAGGUUGAACAUAUUGGAAAUCUGGGAACUGCAGCUAAUGUUCUGCCUCAAAACAGUAUCCACCAGUGCUUGGUGGCUCCUGGCCUGUCCCCAAAGGCUCAGGGCUGGGCAGCAGGAUUGCUUUGGGUGAUGGAAAUGUACUCUUUGUACCCUGUGGGGCUGCUAUGGGGCUUCUUGCUGAGGUAAUGCCCCAUCCCCUGCCUCCUUCUUGGGGGCAAAAAUAGCUAUGAGAGCCCCACACCCCUGGAAGAUGCCACCAGAAAUACCUCUGCUGAUGAGAGAGGACUGCAAAACCCUGGGGAGAGGCCACAGCUGGGAGGAACGCCACCUCCCAGUCCCAUGCCACGGCCUUUGGGGCUUUUUUUGCUAUUCCAGGGUGUGCUAUUUGCAAAAAGGCUCCACCUGUAAUUAGUGGUUGAUUUAAUGAGCCUUCUAAGCUGUCAUUUACAGCUGCCUUGUACGCAGUACUUGCCUUCAGCCCUACAAAGCUUCUCCUCCAGCCAGUCCCACCUCAGACAGCACCAGAGUAGCAGCUGCUGCCACUGUCUCCUCUUACUUGCUUGGAAAAAUGUCCUUGUCACACACGGCUGCCGAGUUCAUGCUCUCGGACGCGCUCCUCCCGGAGCCCGGUGGCUCCCGAGCCCAGGGCCUGCGGCUGGAGCUGCCAAGCGAUCGCCUGCUCAAGUUCAUCACCGUGGGGCUGCCCCUGCUCCUUGUCUCACUGGCGUUUGCCCGGGAGUUCUCUGCUGGCUCACAGAUCAGCUGCUUCCCUCCCACCAACUUCACAGGGAAGCAGUCAGCCUAUGUUGACACGGCUUGCUGGGACUCCCUCCUCCACCAUGGCCUCGACGCUGAGGGACAUGCCAUCACCAAGUCCCUCUGGGCUCUCAAGGUCUUCCCCUACUCGCUGCUGGUGGUGGCAGUGCUGAUGUAUCUGCCCUACCUGCUGUGGCGUUACGCUGCCGUCCCUGCCCUCCACUCCGACCUCCUCUUUGUCAUCAAUGAGCUGGACAAAUCCUACAACCGCUCGGUGCGCCUGGUACAGCACAUGAGGAAAGUCCAGCAGGACAGCUCUGAGCCAGAGCAGUUCUGGGAAGAGUAUGAGAGGGCACGCCAGGAGAGGUAUUUUGAGUACCCGUUGCUGGAGCGCUACCUCACCUGCAAGCAGCAUGCCCACUCUCUGGCCUUCAUCUUCAUCCUGAGGAACCUGCUCCUGCUUGUGCUCCUGGCUGCCACCUGCCUCUACCUGGUCUUUCUCCACCUCAACAUCUUCUUUCAGGAUGAAUUCAGCUGCUCCAUCAAAACAGGGCUGCUCCAGGCAGAGCUUCACAUCCCCCUGCUCAUCCCCUGCAAGCUGGUCGUCUUCUCCAUCUUCCAGCUCCUAAGCAUCUCAGUCGGUGGUGUCUACGUCCUGCUCCUUCCCAUCGUCAUCUACAAUGCCCUGCAGCUCUGCCAGUGGGACAAGGGGCUACUCUCUGUCUAUGAGAUGCUGCCCGCCUUUGACCUCCUCAGCCGCAAGAUGCUCACCUGCCCCCUCAAUGACCUCAACGUCCUCCUCCUCUUCCUCCGGGCUAACAUCUCCCAGCUCGCCUGCUUUGGCCGCCUCAAUGCCAUUAGUGCUUUGAAAGAAGCCACAGCCAACAAGGAGGACAUCAACACUGUCAUCGAUUUCAUGACGCUGCUGGCAGGGCUGGAAACCACCAAACCCAAACAUCACCUUGAGGCCAAUGGUGGUGGGGCUCCAGACAUGAAGCCUGCAGUGGAAGUGAUAGGAAAAGCCUCCCGGGACUCUCUUGGCUCUGCCUGACCUCAGGAGUGGGCACAGUGGGAUCCGGUGGGAUCCACACCGAUCCACUUCCUCCUUUCCAGCAGUUGCUCCAUCUCAUUAAACUCCAGUUCUGGGACAGCC